AAGGGGUUGCCACUGAGGAUGAGGAGGCUGAGCAAGAGGGAGGGAUAGAGCGCCUUCCUUGCUGCGCGCCCCCCACCCCGUCAUUGGCACAAUCCUGCCCCCCCCAAACGCAGGAGUUUCCAGGCCGAUGCCACCCGGGGCUGCCCUCUCUCCCCUUUGGCCCCCCAAAACCAACUAGCCCCCUCCUCCCAAUCCAGACAGCGAAGCUUGGAGGCAUUGAAGGGGGGGGGGCAGAGAGAGAGAUCUUGAAGCCGCUCUUAAGGAACUGGGGUGGGGGGGGGCCCUGCCUGCCUCGGUCCAUCAUCCCGCCCCCCCCUCCUUUCCCAUUCUGUGCCACAUCAUGUUUGUCUCCGUCUGGUAUGCCAAGAAAAUGGGCCGCCGUUUUCUGAACAACGUCCGGAAGGCGAAGAAGGAACGGCAUCUGCUGACGGCCAAUUCUCCACCCGUCAUUGUCAACACCGACACUUUAGAAGCACCAGCUUAUGUAAAUGGAACCGAAGGCGAGAUGGAAUAUGAAGAGAUCACUCUAGAGAGGGGCAACUCCGGGCUGGGCUUCAGCAUCGCCGGGGGCACCGACAAUCCUCAUGUUGGGGAUGACCCCAGUAUCUUCAUCACCAAAAUCAUCCCCGGAGGGGCAGCCGCUCAAGAUGGCCGAUUACGAGUGAACGACAGUAUCCUCUUCGUGAACGAUGUGGACGUACGGGAGGUGACCCACAGCACGGCGGUGGAGGCGCUGAAGGAGGCCGGCUCCAUCGUGCGGCUCUACGUCAUGCGCAGGAAACCGCUGGCGGAGAAGGUGAUCGAGAUUAAGCUGAUCAAAGGCCCUAAAGGGCUGGGCUUCAGCAUUGCAGGCGGUGUUGGCAACCAGCAUAUUCCCGGGGACAACAGUAUCUACGUCACCAAAAUCAUUGAGGGCGGGGCAGCCCACAAGGACGGGCGGCUGCAGAUCGGGGACAAAAUCCUAGCGGUAAACAAUGUGAGUCUGGAGGAUGUCAUGCACGAAGAUGCGGUGGCAGCUCUGAAGAAUACCUUUGAUGUUGUGUACCUGAAGGUGGCCAAGCCCACCACCCUCGACUUGAAUGACUCUUAUGCCCCCCCUGACCUCACUUCCUCUUAUUCCCAUCACCUAGACAACGAAAUCGGUCAGAGUUACCUGGGUUCCGACUACCCGCAAGCCAUGACCCCCACCUCUCCUCGGAGGUACUCCCCCAUCCCAAAAGAACUGAUGGGGGAGGAAGAUAUUCCCAGGGAACCGCGCCGCAUCGUGAUCCACCGUGGGUCGACAGGGCUGGGGUUCAACAUUGUGGGCGGCGAAGACGGCGAGGGCAUUUUCAUCUCCUUCAUCCUGGCCGGAGGACCAGCUGACCUCAGCGGGGAACUUCGGAAAGGGGACCAGAUUCUCUCAGUCAACGGCGUGGAUCUCAGGAACGCUACCCACGAACAAGCCGCCAUCGCUCUGAAAAACGCCGGCCAGACGGUCACCAUUAUCGCCCAGUAUAAGCCAGAUGAAUAUAGCCGCUUUGAGGCCAAGAUCCACGAUCUCCGGGAACAGCUGAUGAAUAGCAGUUUGGGUUCAGGAACCGCGUCGCUUCGGAGUAACCCCAAGAGGGGCUUCUACAUCCGGGCUCUCUUCGACUACGACAAGACCAAGGAUUGUGGCUUCUUGAGCCAAGCUCUGAGUUUCCAUUUUGGCGACGUCCUUCACGUCAUCGACGCUUCCGACGAGGAAUGGUGGCAGGCGCGGCGCGUCCAUCCGGAUGGCGACAGUGACGAGCUCGGCUUCAUUCCCAGCAAGAGGCGGGUCGAGCGACGGGAGUGGACGCGGUUAAAAGCAAAGGAUCGGGGCCCUGGAUCUGGCUCUCAAGGUCGAGAAGACGCCGUGUUGAGCUACGAAACUGUUGUGCAAAUGGAAGUUCAUUAUGCACGUCCGAUCAUUAUUUUGGGACCCACCAAGGACCGAGUCAACGAUGACCUCCUCUCUGAAUUCCCAGACAAAUUUGGAUCUUGCGUCCCACACACCACGCGGCCGAAACGGGAGUACGAAGUGGACGGCCGAGAUUACCACUUUGUGGCUUCGCGGGAGAAGAUGGAGAAGGACAUUCAAAGCCACAAAUUCAUCGAGGCCGGACAGUACAACAGUCACCUUUACGGGACAAGCGUCCAAUCUGUACGGGAGGUGGCUGAGCAGGGCAAGCACUGCAUUUUGGACGUUUCCGCCAACGCCGUCCGGAGGCUGCAAGCCGCUCAGCUUCACCCCAUCGCCAUUUUCAUCCGACCCCGCUCCCUCGAGAAUGUUUUAGAAAUUAACAAGCGGAUAACGGAGGAGCAGGCGCGGAAGGCUUUCGACAGAGCUACGAAACUCGAGCAGGAGUUUACAGAAUGCUUUUCAGCCAUCGUAGAAGGAGAGAGCUUCGAAGAGGUUUACCACAAGAUCAAGAGAAUCGUCGAGGAACUCUCUGGUCCUUAUAUCUGGAUUCCGGCUCGUGAAAGACUUUAGAGCGAUGAACUAAAUUUCUCCGGGAAGGGAUCCUGAAUUCCACCAACCGACCAACCAACCGUCAACUCUGCAAGCGCAUCGCCGGAGCUGCCUCUGGAGCAGAGGAGCGCCCCUGCCUCUUGCCCCCCCCUUGAACUUAGCCGUUGGUCACUCUUUUGGGGUGGGGUGGUGGGCAAACGCCUCGAGAUACGCCCUUACUUUUGAGUUUCUUCUUCUCUUCUUUAAGACUCGGACGGGGAGGGGGGGAAACGAUGGCGUGCUUUUUUUUCUUCUUGUCCGACUCGCGUGGCGAUGCCCCCCCCUCCCCGUUUUUCUUUCCACAGUGCAACUGAGGGGCUUCUGACCUCCUCCCCCCUGGACCCCAACAGCGCUAGCAUUUGCAUGCGGUCAUUUGGGGGGGGGAGAAAAAAAGGGGGGGCUGGUCCUUAGAUUCUGAUCUCUUUUAUUCGGCAAGCAGGAAGCGGGUCAGGAAUCGGGAAGGAAGGAGAGAAAGGAAAGAAAGAAAGAAGGAAGGAAGGGAGGAAAGGAAGGAAGGAAGGAUUUUUUUCAUUUUAUUUUUUUUUCUACAA